UGGUCUGAAUGCGGUUAGGAAAAACACAUCACACGUCAAGUCGACGGUUCAGGGUGUUUUGGAGAGAGCGAAGUCGUGCUGAGCUUCACUGUGACUUGAGCCCUAAAUAAAUAAACACUUAUAAAUGGCUUUAAAUGCGUACUGUCGACUGACGAGGUGUGUUUUACGAGUUGUAGAAAACAGAAAUGGAGCUGUGAGAGCGCUAGCAUCGGGCUCGCCCUGUUUAUAUCGCCAGGCUGUGGGCGGGGCAGGGCGCUGCACGCGCGCUUUCUCCUCAGCUGACCAGGCCGCGGCCUCAGUGACGUAUGAGCAGGUGAAGGAGCUGCUCGCGCGCCGCUCCGGUGCGCUCAUAGACGUGAGAGAGGCGGAGGAGCUGCGCGCGCACGGCAGCAUACCGGGAGCCGUUAACGUGCCACUGGGUCAGGUGAGUGUGGCUCUGCAGCUGAAGCCGGAGGAGUUUAAGGAGAGAUACGGAGGUGAAAUGCCUUUGAUUGGUGACCACCUGGUCUUUACCUGUCUGGCAGGUAUGAGGAGUCAGAAAGCUCUGGAAACAGCGAAGUCUUUAGGAUACUCCAAAGUACAGCAUUAUCCAGGAGGAUGGCAGGACUGGGCUAAACAUGAAAUCCUGCACAUGAAAGCGUGACCCGUCACGAUGCUGUAAAACUGUGAAUAAUAAAAACAAGAACUCCUCCCUGCUGACUGUAAAGUUUUUAGUCUAAAGGACAAACUGAUCAAAAUCCUUUCAGCUCCAGUGACAGUGCUGAUCAUUUUAUUAUGCCGAAUAUAAAGGAAUAAAGUCUGAAACUGCAUUAAAACUGCAUGUAAUUCUACACUUAAUAUUCUAUAAGCUUGUGUGUAUUAAUUUACCAGCACUCCCGAACACUCGUGCUCUGUUAGUGUUUGAGCUCCCAGGAACACUCAGGAGGAAUUCUGGCAUUUGGGACGCAGCCUUAAUUGAAUCAGGCUGAAUAAUCCAUGUACUUUAAUGAGAGUGUGGAAUUCUAAAGCUCAUAUUCUGGUAACAGAAAGCGGUGUUGUCUGAAAGACUGUUUUCGUUUGCCUUAAAUCUUGUAAGUUUCUGUGUCUGUAAUUUCAAACAAAUCUGAAAUAAAUGACUUGAAUGAAUGUA